AGGGAAGUUGUUGAUUAUCUAAAAUCUGUCAACUCAGACAUGGAUCGAAACUUUGAGGUGAACAAGAUUUUGAAAAGGUUGAAUCUGAACAAGGAUACAACUUUAGAGUUUGAUACAUUUUGUGAGAUAAUGGAUGAAGUUGUAUCUGUAGGCUGGACAAGGUUCAAGAAGAAGAAUCCUGGAAUCAGUGAUCUCGAUAUUAAAGGAGUUUUCAGAUUAGUGGAUAUUGAUAAAAGUGGACAGAUAUCAAGAACAGAGUUAAAAAUGGCAAUCAAGUACCUCGGUAAACGGUAUGGACAAAAAGAUGAGAAAACCUGGCGUAAAUAUAUGGAUAUGGCGGAUUCUAACAAUGAUGGAAAACUUUGUUUCUCUGAGUUUAAGAAGAUAAUUAAACUAGCCGAGAAUCCAAAUGGUUCAAGUGAAACAGACGAGCAAGAUGAAGAUGGGGAGGAUGAUAUUAAUGAAGGACUUCCUACGGAGGACGCUUGAAUUGAAGAAAACUUGAAGUUUUUUAGUUUGUAUGAAGACGAGAUUAUUAAAUAAUCAAAUUCUAAUGUUUUCUGCACACAAAAAAAAAUUAUUUCCAAUUAGACUGUUAAUUGAUAACCCAUAAGUUUACAUAAAGUAAAAUUGUAUAAAAUAUUAAAUAUAUUAUUUAAAUGGAA